AUGGCGGCGUCAGGCCCCACGGGAGGUUGUCUGCGGCGUUGCCUGCGAGUUCCUCCCUGCCUGAGGCCGGAAGAAGUCAGGCGCUCUUGGGGCAGCCCGCCGGCCCCUCAGGCUGGGUCCUUGCGGCUCGCGGCCAGGGGGCGGAGCCUCCUCGGGCCAAUCAGAGGGAAGGGGCGGGGCUUCCCGCCCGAGCCGCAGAAGAUGCCGGCGUUGGCCUUCCCGGCAUCCUUCGCGGCGGCUUUCCCGGCAUCCUUCGCGGUGGGCCUGGAUGGCCAACCCUGGGCCCAGCCCUUGCCCUGGCUUCUGGUCCUCGUUACUGUUCUCUAUUUGGGCUACUACUGGGCAUGUAUCCCUCAGAAGCCGCGGCUGGUGGCCGGGCCACCGUUCCGGGCCUUCCUGGAGCAGCACUGCCCUGUCACCGGAGACACUUUCUACCCCACCCCUUGGUGCUUCGAGGGGCGACUGCAGACCGUCCUCCGUGCUCUGUUGCAGUCACGAGCCCCCGUCUCCUACCAGAGCGAGGUGCUCCGGACCCCCGACGGGGGACAGCUGCUGCUGGACUGGGCCAGGGAACCUGAGGACGGCCCCUACCCCGACCCGGCCACCCGGCCCACGGUGUUGCUUCUCCCAGGCAUCACGGGCAGCAGCCAAGCCACCUACAUCCUGCACCUGGUGAACCAGGCUACUCGGGAUGGCUACCGGGCCGUCGUGUUUAAUAACCGGGGCUGCCGGGGGGAGGAACUGCUGACUUACAGGGCUUUCUGCGCCGCCAACACGGAGGACCUGGAGACGGUCGUGGCCCACGUGAAACGCCGCCAUCCCCACUCUCCGCUGCUGGCCGUGGGCAUCUCGAUGGGCGGGAUCCUGGUGCUGAACUACUUGGCCCGCCGCGGCGCGUCGGCGGGGCUGACGGCAGCUCUCACCCUGUCUGUGUGCUGGGACUCUUUCGAGACCAUGCGCUCCCUCCAGACCCCGCUCAACGGGCUGCUCUUCAACCAGCACCUCACGGCGGGGCUCUGCCGCAUCGUGGGACGUCACAGGAAGGUGAUGGAGGGAAAGGUGGAUGUGGACUAUGUGCUGAAGGCCCGGACCAUCCGCCAGUUUGAUGAGCGGUACACCACGGUGGCCUUCGGCUACAAGGACUGUGACACCUACUACUCCGCGUCCAGCCCAGCGGCCAAGGUGAAAGCCAUCCGGGUCCCCGUCCUGUGCCUCAGUGCGGCCGAUGACCCGUUCUCCCCAGCCCGUGCGGUCCCGGUGCAGGCCGCCAGGCACCUGCCCCACGUCGCUCUGCUGGUCACGGCCCGCGGCGGCCACAUCGGCUUCGUCGAAGGCUUGAUCCCCCGCCGGGACUGGUUUAUGAGCCGGCUCUUUCACCAGUUCGCUGCCGCCGUCUUCGAGAAUCCAGGGGCCCUGCAGGAGCUCAGUCUUCCCCGCACUGCCACCCUCUGAGGUCAGGGAGGGCCACGGGGUGCGGACUGCUCAAUUAAAACUCAACUCCUCUUA